GUGAACAGGAAGCAGGUUGACGUGAUUUCCGCAGGCUCAGACCGGGGAAAGUUGUUUCCUGAAGUUGACACUGCUGUGAUCGUUUCCACACCAAAGUCCUGGUGCUUUGGUGCAAAAUGACUUUUUGGACAAGUUUCUCGGAGUUGCUAUAGACGUUUCGCAUCGCGAUCGAGCUCUGACGACAAGAUGAGCUCCAACAGUGAAAACACAGAGACGAGCCUACAGGCCCAGCUAGCCGAUUGCCGAGCUCAGGUCGAACAUUGGCAGGGCGUGGCGACGAUCUGUGAGCUGAGCAAACAGGAGGAACUGGCAGAGCUGCAAAAACAAUGUGAUCAAGAGAUCCAGUCUCUCCAGGAGGCUCUUAGAGAGACGGCAGCGCAGUACGAGGCCAGGAUAGCUGCUCUUCAGUCUCAGCCUGUGGAGUUCAGGAGAUCUAGUGGACAGCAUAUGAUCAGUGGAAGGAAAGCCAGGAAAGACGCAGAGGCUUCCAGUGAAGAAGCUAUCACCAACAGUCAACCGGAGGCAGAGGUUAUGGCAUCGGUCGACAGAGGGGACAGCCAACCAGUGGAGCUUGAGGUGGCGGCGGAAGGAGAGGGGGCGCCACUUACGACAGAAGGGUAUUUCUCACUGAGGCACUGCGACUCGGCCUCGUUGUCCUCCUUCUCCUUAGACACACCCUCUCUGCCCAGAAAACUCCACGCUCAGGAAGACACAGACUCUCUGGUCUCCACGGGAACUUUGGUGCCUGAAGCCAUCUACCUGCCACCGGCUGGACACCGGCUGGUCACGCACAGCGACUGGGAUGCUCUCAAUGCUCAGGUGUCAGAGCUGCGCGUAGAGGUGAGUCGCCUCGAGGCUGAGAAGGAGGAGCUGGAGAGAGAACUUGACACACAGACCAACCACACAAACAAACAGGUAUCAAUGCUCCAGUCACAGGUGAAGACUUCAGAGGCCCUCCUUCAGGAUUUACAAAAAUCUUUUAGCCAAUCACAGAAUGCAGUGCAGAGUCGGCUGGCAGAGCUAUCAUUUUCCCAGAGGAAGAUGUGCUGUGAGUUGUCCAGACUGAAAGGAGAGGAGGUUGAGGAUGAGGGUCCAGAGCCCAGCUCAUCUUUCCCAGCAACACUGCAGGGGGCGCACUGUGAGGAGCGUCUUCGCAUAGAGAUUGUCAACCUGAGAGAGCAGCUGGAUAGCCGUACAGAGGAGAAUGAGAUUUUAGAAGUGCAGCUUUCCAGUCUGAAGACCGAGACGGAGAGGAUCCAGGCUCAGAAGGACCAGUUACAGGCUGAACUGCUGGCCUGUCGCACUGAACUGGAAGCCCUGCGGGUGGCACUCUCUCAUGUGCAGAGCAGCAACAAGACCCUCAGUAAUGAGAAAGCAGCCCUGCACCAACAGUGUCUGGAGCUGCGUAGCCAAGUGAUCAGUCUGCGCUCCCAAGUCGACACCAGCCAGACUGUACAGAGGGACUUUGUCCAGCUGUCCCAGUCGCUGCAGGUGAAGCUGGAAUUAAUUCGGCAGGCUGAGAGUCUUGAACAAGUCAAGGAAAUCCUGGAAGAGGGUGUCAGUGAAGCUGGUUCCCUGCCUGCAGAUGCCUCAUGAGUUAUAGAGUCACGGUGGAGCCAAAGAGCACAGACCAACAGAAAACAUCCCAAGAGGGACCAAUAAGGACCAACUAACCAUGGCCACAAGAAACACUGUCAUGACCAGCUGGUGCUGCUUGCAUGUGAUGAAUUGGUGUCAUGACUGAAACUGUUGCUUCAUGGCCAAAGUGAUUAUUGAUGAACCAUGAUUCCUUUGGGGACACUCCUCAUCCAGUAACAUGUCUGUUUCCAUACUAAUACAUACGUGAAUGCGUGUUGCAGAUAAAACUGACAUGACUUCAGCAAACACUCAGCAAUCCAACACUCUUUUUACACAAUAUAAACUACACAAUUACACAAACUUUUUUUGUGAAGGACCUCUAAAAUUCAGCAUAUCACAGUGCAAUAAAGAAGUGAUCUAAAGUGGAAACUCUCCUAAAUUAUCUGCAUUUUAGAUAUUUUUUAUUCUAUAUGCAUUAAUUUCAUGUCUUUUUAUUUUAGCUGAACAUUGCUAAGUAUUCCUGUUCUUACUACAACCAUACUAGCAUUUUACUUAAAACAACAUGAUUGUGGGUGAAGGAAUGAGAGAAGCACAAAUCAAUCAAUAAAUGUGAAUAUGUAA